GGUGUGUGAAGGGGGGGGAACCUGUGGACAGUAGGCCACAUGCUCAUCCCCACCUCCCUCCUCUGGAGCAGAUGCUUCAGCCAAAGCCCUGACCUAGGCGGUUGGCAACCUCCCUGGUGUCCCCGGAAGGAAAAGAGGCAGUGUCCUGUCAGCAGCAGCCUCUCCUGCCGCCUGGAGCUCCUUUGCCUCUGCAGCCAGGGUCCCUGAGUCCCGGGUCCAGCCCCGCCUCCAGCGCCCGUGGGUCAGGACUGAACAAAGGUCCAGACCCGCCCGACUCCUCUCCCUGUGUGUCCCGGGAACGUGCCUGCAGGAACCGAGCACGUGCAGGACCGAGCUGCAGCGCGCGCGGGUAAUCUGAACCUGACAAAAUGUUUGCCAAGGCGACUCGGAAUUUCCUUAAAGAGGUUGAUGCUGGAGGGGACCUGAUCUCAGUCUCAAAUUUGAAUGACUCCGAUAAGCUGCAGCUCCUGAGUCUGAUGACCAAGAAGAAGCGGUACUGGUGCUGGCAGAGACCCAAGUACCAGUUUUUGUCUGUCACCCUGGGAGAUGUUCUCACAGAAGGACAAUGGCUCAGUCCAGUGGUUGUGGAGUCAGACUUCGUGAAAUAUGAAAGCAAGUUCGAGAACCACAUGAGUGGGAGCAUCCGGACGGUUGUGGGGAAGGUCAAGCUGAACGUAGGCGGCAAAGGCCUGGUGGAGGGGCGCUCCUCGUUUGGAACCCUGCGGAAGCAGGAGGUGGACCUGCAGCAGCUCAUUCAGGACUCAGUCGGGAGAACAGUUAAUCUGGACAACCCGGUGCUCCAGCAGGUGCUGGAGAGGAGGCACGAGGUCCUGUGUGUGCUGAUACAGAAGAUCGUGACCACGCAGAAGUGUGUGAUAUCUGAGCAUGUGCAGACGGAGGAGAAGUGUGGAGGCAUGGUGGGGAUUCAGACCAAGAUCGUGCAGGUGUCAGCAAUGGAGGACGGGACCGUCAUCAAGGAUACCAAUGUGGUGUUGGAGAUCCCUGCCGCCACCACCAUUGCCUGUGGCGUCAUCGAGCUGUAUGUGAAACAGGAUGGCCAGUUUGAAUUCUGUCUCCUCCAAGGGAAGCAUGGUGGCUUUGAGCAUGAGAAGAAAGCUGACUCUGUCUACUUGGACCCCCUGGCCUACAGAGAAUUUGCUUUCCUGGACAUGCCGGAUGGGGGUCAAGAGAUCUCGUCCCCGGAUGGGCCAUUACGUGUUUUAAAACAAGCAACACUGCACCUGGAGAGGAGCUUCCGUCCCUUUGCCGUGUUACCUGCACAGCAGCAGGUGGCGCUGUUCUGCCUCCUGCAGACAGUCCUGUUUGAUGAGGAGCUACUGAAGGCCCUGGAGCAAGUGUGUGACGAUAUGGCUGGUGGCCUCUGGUCCUCACAGACUAUCUUGGCAAUGGAGUUGCUGACAGAUAGUCAGCAGCAGGACCUCACAGCCUUCCUGAAGCUGGUGGGCUGCAAGGUACAGGGUGAGCGUCCUGGCCCGCAGGAUGAGGUCAGCAACCAGAAGCUCUUUGCAACAGCCUACUUCCUGGUCAGUGCACUAGCAGAAAUGCCAGAUAAUGCCACAGUUCUCCUGGGGACUUGCUGUAAACUCCACGUUAUUCAUGUGCUGUGCCACCUGCUCCACGCUCUCUCUGAUGACAGAGUAUGUGAUUUUGAAGACCCCACCUUGGCUCCUCUGAAAGAUAACGAGAGGUUUGAGAUUGUGCAGCGUUUGUUUGCUUCUGCUGACAUUGUCUUGGAGAGGAUGCAGUUGUCUGUGAAAGCCAAUAUCCUGAAGGACUCUUGCAUCUUCCCAUUAAUUCUUCAUAUUACUCUAAGUGGGCUCUGCACUCUAAGCAAAGAACACGAGUAAUGUCUUUGUCUGUCAGAAGUAUGUGCUACUGGGCACUUUUCAGAUGAAACUGAGAAAAUACUUGGGUAUUUUGGGCCCAAGAAUGCUAAGUUGGUCAGUGAAUUCCAAAGCACAGUAAGAGUGGUGAUUUCCACACUAAAUGCCUGCAAGUACUGUGAAUGGUUUAUUUUUAUCAGAGGCCCACUGUGCCAAUAGACAGUGAACCCUGGUAACCAAGGUAGACUCCAACACCUGAGUUACUGAGGGAAGAGUCAAGUGCUUUGUAAUUGACUCACCUGUCAUUUUAUUUUCCAUUCACUUCUGUUUUACCAUCACGGAAGAGUCUGAGACUCCAAAAUUCAUCUUAGGCUGUGAAUGCUACAGGAAAGCGAUUCUCUUCAUUUCUCUGGGACAUGCUGUAUAUUAUAUGAUGACUGAGAAACUGCAAAUGGUACCUGAGUUUAUGAAACAAAACUGCAUAAAGGACAUGUGAUUUCACCCACCUCGACAUGGGGAUUUAGACUUAUUUGGCUUUGUUACACUUUGAUGAAUAUACUAUGCCUGGAAAAGCUCCAGUGCAUUCUGGGAAUUUGUCACAUGUUACAAUUUCUAUCAAAGUAAAUUCUGAACUAUG